AUGGGAUCUUCCUCCACCAACACGCUCGCUGGCCUGUCCGCCGCCCUCGGUGCCCCACCCGCGCAGCAGCUCACGCGCGGCAACUUCUUGCUAUGGAAAGCUCUUGUGUUCCCGGCGUUCAGAGGAGCCAACGUCAUGGCGCUACUGGAGGGCACGGAUACUGCUCCGGCCAAGAUGAUUGAAGCCGAAGAUGCAGAUCACAAGAAGAUUCAAGUUGAAAAUCCAGCAUACGUUACAUGGCUCGCUCGAGAUCAGCAGGUGCUGCGGUUUCUCCUCAACACCGUGUCUCCAGAUAUCCUGUCACAUCUCCUUGACGUGAGCUCCACUGCUGACGCCUGGUCAGCCAUCAACGCUAUGUUCAAGACGGCGUCCCGCACCAAAGCUCAACACCUCCGCGAAAAACUCAACGACACCAAGAAGCUCUCCUUAACCGCUGAUGCUUACUACACCAAGAUGAAAAGCUUUGCCUCGGAACUCUCAGCACUUGGCAAGCCGGUGGAAGAUGAUGAGAUGCUCGGUUAUUUGCUUCAUGGCCUGGACAAGGGAGAGUAUAAUGCGUUGAUUACAUCUGUCAAUGCAAAUCCUGGCAUCACUCUUGAUGAUUUUUUUGAGCAGCUGAGUUCAUAUGACAUGGGCAACGGAAUUGAAGAAAACGGCGAGUUCAUCUCCUCCGCCAACCUUGCUCGCCGUGGCGCCACACAUGAGCAGCGCCCACGCGGACGUACUCCGCCGCCCCGUGGACACACACCACCUCCUCGUGGUCGUAGCCCUGAGCACGGCUCCUAUCGUGGUGGUGGCUACCGUGACAGAGAUGAUGACCGUGGACACUGGCGCCGUGAUGAGCGCCAAGGAGACCGCCGUGAUGACCGUCGUGAUCGACGUAGAGAUGAUGGUGGGGGUGACCGUCGCCGCUUUGACAAUGGCCGGGAUGGUAACCGUCGCCGUUUUGACCGCACUCCCACUCCAUAUGUGGACACGGACUGCCAGAUAUGUACCAAGCAUGGUCAUCCAGCUAGCAAAUGCUGGUGGCGCUACUCAGAUGAUAAGAAGAACAGAGAUGAUGGUGAGAAAGGUGCAAAUCUGGCUUCAUAUGGUGUGGAUACAAAUUGGUACACUGAUACAGGAGCAACUGACCAUAUCACUGGCGAGUUGAACAAGCUUCUUGUUGCAAACAAGUAUCAUGGUCAAGACAGUGUUCGCACUGCUGAAGGUACAGCUUUUCUCAAUUAUCAGCAAUAUGUUGAACGCAAGUUUGAUAGGAAAAUUGUUACUAUGCAAACUGAUUGGGGAGGCGAGUAUGAAAAAUUAAAUGGAUUCUUCCAGAAAGUAGAUGAAGCUGCUGGCGAAAAUCCUGCUGAAAACGGUGAAGAAAAUGCACCAGAAUCUGAUGUUGAAGCUAACUCAGAAACAGACAACAGCACUGAACACGAGGAGGAUUUGGAGGAAUAUUCCUCUGACCAUGCUGAUCCCGAGACGCAGCGAUCCGAGGUGGAUCCGCGCGCCAGUUCUCCUGGCGCUCCUGGCGCUGUUGGCCGCACCCACGCCGGGGCCUCCACUGCGUCGUCGACACCUGGCGGAGCGGGACGAAGCGGGACCGCGUCUGUCCCCGCGUCUCCGUCCUCAUCCACUGCCUUGCCGCCACCUGGCGCCUCGUCCCCAUCGCUGUCCCCGUCGCUGUCCCCUGAGGCUUCUGGUGGAUCCUCUGCGGCGGAGAGUGGUGGAGGUGAACAUGAUGCAGAAAAUUCAAAUUCAGAAAACUCAAAUGAUGGUGAAGUUGCUCUGCCACCAUCUUCUCCACCUGGGGUGAACCACAUACUCUCACAGAAGCUCUGGAUGAUUCAAACUGGCAUCAAGCUAUGA